ACCCCAGCCCGGCACGGCCGGGGCUCCGCGCAGCCAUGGAGGGCGAGGCCAACGGGACCCUGCACCCGGCCUGCGGCUCCAGCGAGCCGCCCUACUCGGAGGAGCUUCUCCGGAGCCUUGACCUUCCAGGGAGAUUUCUCUUUGCAACCUUGACUCUGAUGACACUCAUUGCCAUUCUGGUGUUUAUAGAGGAAGCAGUCUACAUCUACAGGAAAAUCCCCUCCUCCAAAAGAUCAAUCAUAAUUUGGAUUAAUGCUGCAGCUCCAGUGAUCUCCACUACUUCAUGCAUUGGCAUGUGGGUUCCUCGCUCAACAAUGUUCACAGAUUUCACAGCAGGAAUAUUUUUUGCCAUAGUUAUCCACAAGUUCCUGAUGAUGAUGAUUAAAGAGUGUGGAGGGCAGAAGGUGCUGCUCAGACGCUUUGAAAAUGGUCACUUCACCAUCACCACCGGCCCCUGCUGCUGCUGCUGCCUCUGCCUCCCUCGUGUGCCCAUCACCAGGCAAACCCUCUUUUGGCUGAAGCUGGGCACCUUUCAGUUUGCUGUCUUUCGGCCUGUGCUCGUAUUUUUAUCAAUAGUGCUUUGGACUAAUGGCAAUUAUGUUCUUUACAAUGUGUCUCCCAAAGGACCUGCACUGUGGAUCAGCUGCUUCAUUGGUGCCCUCACCCUUUGUGCUCUGUGGGCGGUAGGAAUCAUGUUUCGAAAAGUUAGGAUUCUCCUUAAGUGUAAGAACAUUAUCCCAAAAUUUGCUCUGUAUCAGUUUAUUGUCAUUCUGAACCACCUGCAGACCACUAUUAUCAACAUAUUUGCUACACAAAAAAUUAUUCCCUGUGCUCCACCACUCUCCUCUACAGCCAGAGGAUCAUACAUUGCCCAGCAGCUGCUCAUCAUGGAAAUGUUUCUGAUAACUGUAAUCUCCAGGGUGUUCUAUCGGAGGAAAUACCAUGACCUGGAGCCUCCGGAGUGCGUGGCUGAAGAACCUGGGGACAAGAAGCAGAGUCCUGAGGUUAUCCUGAAUGGUGCAGCUGUGCAAGAUGCAUUGCCAAAGGUUUAGAAGUGCUCCUGUAAUGCAGGAGCUGUAAGAUCAGCUUCAGGAACUUCUUGCACCAAAAAUAGCCCCUGUCCAUGUCAGAGCAUGCCAUGAGUGCCUGUGAGCUGCAGUACUGAAAGACCAGUAGAGAUAAUCCUGCUGAUUCUCCAGCCAUGUGGGCAUGGUGUGAGGGCUUUCCCACCAUGUAAUUUACUAAGAUUUUAUACCAUUUUGUACUGUUACUGAGCACUUGAUGGUGCCAACCUGUCUUACAAUACAAUUUUAGUUUUAUUUUUUAGCUAUUAGCAUGGCUAUGAUUUAGAGUUAAUUCCAGAGUAAUUAUUUUUCAUCUUUUUUGACUUUUAAAAAAGCUUAUUUCACCCUGGAUCGCUGUCAUAUGUCCAACACAGCAUUUUUCCAUGCUUCCUCCAUUACAAUAGAUCAUC